AUGCGCAUGAACUUGCGUACCCUUGCAGCUGCUCUUACAGCAGCAUGCCUCCUCGCGGUGGCAUCGCUCGUUCCGUCGGCGGUCCUCGCUGGGCCGGUCCCGCACGCGCUCGCCGACCUCGUUGCCCGCUUUAGUGACGAUCCCGCAGUCGCGCUCGCCGCCGCCGAGCUGUCAGCAGCCGCGGGCCUCACCCGCGCUCUGGCUGCCGGCGAGCUCCCUGCUCUCGCCGCACUCCUUGCCGACGACACGCCCGACGUCUUUGCGCUCGCGCUCACCGGCCUUGCCAAGGCGCAGUACGCCCACGGCGCGGCCGCACCGCUCUCGACUGGCCUUGCCGCCGCGCUUGCCGAUCUUGCCGCCGCAGCCUCGGCCGACCUUGCUGCCGCUGCCUCCGGCGACGCCGCCGCCGCUGCCGCGCUCACGGUCGCCACUCCGGCGUACGGCGUGACUGCGGCGUUCGCCGAUGCCGCCCGCGAGGUUGUCGGUGACAUCUCGCUGGCCUCGGGCGCCUCGUUUGGCAUGGCCCUUCCCAACGUCUUUGUCUCCCGCUCGCUCCCGCCCGCCGCCCGCGACCAGCUCUGCGCGUCGGCGUCGGCGCUCUCGGCCGAGCUGGCGCCGGCAUCGAUCGCCUGCGCGACGAGCCCUGCGCCGCACGCCACCGUCCUUGCUCCGCGCGCCACCUCGUUCGGAAACUCGACCACGCCCACGUACGACACCUCGCGCGCCGGCAUCUGGCAGGCCGCCUUCUGGACCUCGAUCUUCCUCCUCCUCGUCUUCCUCGCCGCCACCUGCGCCCUCUGCUGCAUGUCCAUCCCCAACGACCCCAUCCUCUACCGCAACUCGCUCUCCAAGCUCGACUAA